UUGACGCGUAUCUCCUGCGUGUAUGCGUGUGUGUGUGUGUAGCCUUGCUCCGGGGGUGAAGCCGCAGAAAAGCCUUCUCCAUAAUGCGGGGCGUGAGGCGCUCCGUGCAGUGAUCGGAGUGGCUCCAGGGGGGAGGAGCAGGAGGUGUUUUCGUACCGCUUCCAGCCCGUGUCUGCUGGCACCGGCCAGAUACAACCAUGUCGAACCGAAAGCACCGGGACAACCAGGAGAUCUGCUCCCGCAAGGUCCGAGAGCUGGCCCAGUCUGGAGUAAACAAACACUGCUUCGAGUGCAACCAGCCCGGGGUGACAUACACGGAUAUCACGGUGGGCAGCUUCGUCUGCACGUCGUGCUCCGGAAUGCUGAGAGGCCUCAACCCUCCCCACAGAGUCAAAUCCAUCUCCAUGACAACUUUCUCCCAACAGGAAGUGGAAUUCCUCCAGAACCAUGGCAAUGAGGUUGGUCGAAGAACCUGGCUGUGCGUGUUUGACCCGAAGGCCGAUGGCUGCCCCGACUUAAAGGAUCCUCAGAAGUUCAAAGAGUUUCUUCAAGAUAAAUAUGAGAAGAAAAAAUGGCAUUUUUCCAAAAGCAAAAACCGGAGGGACGUGGAAGGCCCCUGGAGUCCCGGAGUCCAAGCCGUGCCCUCUUCCCAUGGUCCAUUAUCGAGCCAGGGCCCCUCCCAUAACUUGCCACCUAAUGCCAGAUCUACGAGGCCACUGUCACAGUCGCAGCUGCCAUCAUGGGAUCGCGCUCCCACCAUCUCGCCCGCUGACAUGCGGACCGACGCGUUCACGGCCAGACCUUCGCGCUCACAGAGCUUUCGAGAUCACCCUCUGAAAGACUCCACACUGUGUGGCAUAGAAAGACAGCGACCGGGAUCCCUGUCGUCAGCACUGGGAGGUCAGAGCCACGGCCCCUCGUUCCCCGCCCUCCCAAGACCCUCAGCCAGUAGCUCGUUCAAAAACCACUUCACUUUAGGUCGUACAGUGUCAGUCUCAGGAGUCACAGGGCCCUUCAGAGCCUUCCCAAAGUCUCUAAGCGUGGAUUUCGGAGGUCUAAACCAUCCUCAGCAGCAGAACCUCCCACAGUCUCUGUCCCAGCCGCAGCAGCAGCCGGUCGGCGUCAGCCAGACGACGCCACCGGUCAGCGCUUCCAGCAACCGGGACAAGUACGCUGCCGUGUCGCAGCUGGACAUUGUCUUUUCUGAAACAUCUUCAGCUGCAGCUCCACCUAGUGGCCCUCCGCAGUACAGCGCUAUCUUUGGCAGCAGGCUGUCGUCCAGCUCCACUCCUGCCAGCUCCCCUGGAGUCGAUGCUGUAUCCAGCUCCCAAAGUUUUGGAAAUUUCCCAAACCCAUUCAGCUCCAGCGCCGGGUCGGCUUCCCAGCAGCCUGUUGCCCUCUCCCCCAGUAACCCCUUCAGCAGCGCCUCAGGAGGUGACUCCAGCGCGUUUGUCACUUCGCCCACCUCUGUUUUCCCUCCGUCUGCUUCCUUCCCGACUCCUGCCACCCAGAAUGCAUUUCACCACGAGUCAGUCACCAAUCAAGAAACCAACGGUUUCGCCUCGUUCCCCGAGCCUGACUCUCAGCCCAAAGUCCCUCGGCCCAUGUCUGUGAACCCGUUCACGGGGAAUGUUUACCCCAGUCGGGGGACAUCGAAAAAUCCCUUCAUCUGACCCCCCCCCCCGCCUCUUCUCCAUCUCCUCAUCCCACACCUCUCCUCACUUCGCUGGGAACUGAGGGAGGAGUGAACUUGAGGAGCUGCUGCCAUUUCAAAGCCUCUGGAGCAUUUCCACCCGGUCAGGGAGGGUCGGACCCUCCUCCAUCACGCCCUCCCUGCCUCCUUCUCUCCUCUGUGUCUGUGUUUACGUGUUUGUGGAGGAAAGAAAAAUAACAGAAAAGGGUGUGAAUGUAACAAUGAAACUGUAUGUGUGUGUGUGUGUGCGUGUCAUAGGAUGUUUUUUCUGUGACAGUAGAUGCCACCUCAGGGCUCUGUGGGAGUCACGAGUGAACAAUGCCUCUUUAAUUUUACCCACAAACUAUAUCACACACACACAUGUUGCUGCUGCUGCUGCUAUUGUGCUUUCAUCUCCUGCUUAUAAGUGCAAAAAAAUAUAUAUACAUAUAAAUAUAUAAAAGCAACACACACCCCUGCAAAAGCAGCCCACCGGUAAGAACGUCCUCUGCUUUAAAAUCUUUGAAUCUCAGCUGGUGGAGCAGAGACUUUGACUUGUCAUCGCAAAUGCCCUGCAAAUAAUUUUGAACAGCCUUAACAACCUCUUGAUGCACGUGAAUUAGCGUCUCAAGAAAAGACGAGCGUGCGUGUGUGUGUGUGGAACAUGUUUGCAUUUCUCACUUUUUUUUUUUUAAAUUCCUGGUCAAAGUAUCGAUCAGUGAUUAUCAGUGUUUUUCACUCUCAGGCUGCAUGCGCUUAUAGGGCUAAAAGGAGAUGCUACUGAAUGUAAAAGCAAAUUUCAGAAAAAAAAAAGAGAGAGACAUAAAAUAUGUAUAAAAAAGUUCACAGCUUCAUUUUACUGGACCAAAAUGCUUUUUGUUUCUUUUAAUUGAGGUAAAAGGUUAUUUCUUUUAUUUUGCCAAAAAGAACGAAAAAGUAAGAGUUUUAUGUAUUAACCUCUUUGUAACGACACGUAUUCAUGUUCAUAAAAUCCAAUUCUUAAUAUAGUG